AUGGCCCAAUUCGUCAUCCGGCAUGGGUUGCAGGUUGUUGGACGUGAAGGACUCACCGGUUUGGUGAUUGUCGGCCAGAAGCGCAUUUUGCAGAAUUUGCAAUUCGAUGGCGCUUUGAAAGACGUCGCCGCGAAUUAUUCUUUGGACGACAAUUUGUGGAGAAAUGCGGUCAGUCGAGUACAAAAAGCGGGACGUGUGGCAUUAAAUCUCGAUUUGGCGCACAUGAUUUCGAUUCCGGACGCGAGCGGAUGUUCGAGAUUCAAUUCGCCGUCGGGAAGUGUGAAUAUCUACAAAGAGAUGAGAAGUGUGCAAUUCGCCGACGAUGUGAAGAAUGUGCACAUCGUGUUGUACGCCGACUACGAGCACAUCCAGGCGUCGGUGGCGGCGAUCGCGCGCACACUUUAUCGGUUCUCGAUGAAAUCCGGCAAAAGUGGUCCGCCGGACGUGAUUCUUGACGUUGUUUGUACGAACGGAAAGAGUCUCGUCUCGAAAGAUGUCGCGUUUUUGGCGGCGAUGAGCGACGGCAUUCGUGAAGUCGGCCGCUUAAUCGACACACCCGCCAAUAUUCUCACGACUGACGCGCUUGUUGACGAGGCGGUUCGUGUGGCGUCGAUGAUUGGCGCCAAAGUGAGCAUUCUACGAGGUGACGAGCUUCUUGAGAAAGGAUUUGGCGGUAUUUAUCAUGUUGGCAAAGCGGGUCCCACACCGCCGGCGUUUGUUGUGCUCUCGCACGAGGUUGAAGGGUCCGAUGAGACGAUCGCGUUGGUCGGAAAAGGGGUUGUCUAUGACACUGGCGGCAUGCAGAUAAAGACCAAAACUGGAAUGCCGAACAUGAAACGCGAUAUGGGCGGCGCGGCUGGAAUGCUGUUCGCGUUCUCAACGUUGGUUCAAAGCGGAUUCUCGAAGAACCUUCAUGCUUGCCUCUGUAUCGUUGAGAACAACAUCAGCCCGGCGGCAAACAAACCUGAUGAUAUCAUCACGAUGUUGAGCGGAAAAACUGUCGAGAUCAAUAAUACGGAUGCUGAGGGACGAUUGAUUCUCGCUGACGGCGUCUACUAUGCGAAGGAGUUUUUGAAUGCGACAAUUAUAAUCGAUAUGGCGACGUUGACGGGCGCGCAAGCGUAUCUGUCGGGUCGCCUUCACGGCGCGGCGAUGACGAACGACGAGGCGCUCGAGCAGUUGGCGGUGCACGCGGGACGACGCAGCGGCGAUCUGGUGGCGCCGAUGAUGUUCGCGCCGGACCUUCAUUUCUCGGAUCUGAAAUCGCCGCUGGCCGACAUGCGCAACUCGAACCUCGGCAAAAUGGAGGGACCGCCGUCGGCGAUCGCCGCGCUCUUCAUCGGCUCGCACAUUCGCUUCGGCGACGGCCUCAAAUGGAUGCAUUUGGACAUUGCGGCGCCGGCGGAGAGCGGCGAUCGCGCCACCGGCUACGGACCAUCGCUGCUCGCCGCGCUUUUCGGCAACUUCACGUCGGUGCCGUUGCUUCAGCAGCAACAAUAA